AUGGCUCCCAAACGAAAGCGAGCGGGCACCGCCUCCAAAGACCCCUCGGACGCUGCCCAGCCCAGCUCGCGAGAUGCAUCAGGAGAGGACACUACAGACCCCGUACUCGAGGAUGUAAAGGAGAGGAAGUCGAUGGAUCCACCAGCUAAAAGACCACGAUCCACCCGAUCGGCUUCCAACGCGAAGCAGCCCUCAGCAUCACCCGCCAAUGGCCACCAGCGCCGUCCCAGUCACAGCGCGCAGAUGCCUGCCAAUGCCUUUGCUGAGGGAGGCGGAGAGAAUGGAGAAGCUGGGGACAACAUGCGCAUGUCUGCUCCACCGCCUGCAGGCGCUAUUGACCCAGUGGGCUACAAGACGAACCCGCCUCCGAAGGACAGACCGGUCCGCGUGUAUGCGGAUGGUGUCUUUGACCUCUUCCAUCUGGGGCACAUGAGGGUGCUGCAGCAGGCCAAGACAGCCUUCCCGGACACCUGGCUCAUUGUCGGUGUAACGGGCGACACGGAGACGCACAAGCGAAAGGGUCUGACCGUCAUGUCGGCCAAAGAACGCGCCGAAUCUCUCAGACACUGCCGCUGGGUAGACGAGGUCAUUGAGGAUUGCCCUUGGGUCAUCACCGUCGAGUUCCUCGAAAAGCACCAAGUCGACUACGUCGCGCACGACGACCUACCCUACGGCGCCAGCGAAGGCGACGACAUCUACAAACCCAUCAAAGAAAAAGGCAUGUUCCUGGUCACCCAGCGCACGGAGGGCGUCAGCACGACCGGCAUCAUCACCAAGAUCGUACGCGACUACGAGCAAUACGUCGGCCGGCAGCUGAAGCGCGGCACCUCCCGCCAAGAGCUCAAUGUCAGCUGGUUGAAGAAGAACGAGCUGGACAUCAAACGCCAUGUCUCCGAGCUGAGGGACACCAUCCGCACGAACUGGACCACGACCGGGCAGGAGUUGAGCAGGGACCUGAAGCAGUUCUGGACGCCGAGCAGGCCGAACAGUCCUGCGCCGAGCUUGCGGAACGGCACGCCUGGUAGUGUGAGGGCCAGCAGCGCGAAGAGUCCGCUUGGUAGAGGCAGGAAUGGGGACUUUGCGGCUGGGUAUGCGAUGGGUUUGAUUGGGGGUGUGAAGAGCUGGAUGGAAGGGAGUCGGAGGAGGAAUUUGAGCGAUUCCAGGGCGCAGAGUCCGAGUGGGGAUGGGGAGAGUGAGGAUAGUAGUAAUGGGGAGGGCAAGGAGGAGGGGAGGGGUAGGAAGGGGAAGGGUGGGGAUGAGGCGGAGAAGAUGGAGGUGGAGACCUGA